GGAAAAUGUGUGCAACAAAAAAUUAUAGAAUCUUAGCAGUUUUCAAUUCCUUUCAACCAUCUCAUAUCAAUGUUGUCUCUCAAGUCUUCGAUUGAUCGCCGGAUCCAAUCAAUUUUCCCAAUUAUAUUGUAUUCAAUUCUAAUCUUUGCAGUUACAAGGUUAGUCCUAGAUAGCUUGAAGAGCAAGCAAAGCCGUGUUUUUCAGCUCUAUGGCAUGUCAUCUGGUGGAAGGAAUCGAUUACCAGUUGUCGUGUUGCCGGAGGAUCGCAUUGAGGAGGGUUGCAAUAUAUUUGAAGGGAAAUGGGUAUGGGAUAAUGUGUCCUAUCCUCUUUAUGAAGAAGAGAGUUGCCCUUACUUGGUCAAGCAAACCACUUGCAUGAAGAAUGGGAGACCUGAUUCUUUUUACACAAAUUGGAGGUGGCAGCCUCAUGAAUGCAACCUCCCAAGGUUUGAUCCUUUGAAGUUGUUGCACAUGUUGAGGAACAAAAGAAUGAUGUUUAUUGGAGACUCAUUACAAAGAGGUCAAUUUGAGUCUAUGAUCUGUUUGGUACAAUCUGUAAUUCCUGAAGGAAAGAAAUCCCUCCAAAGAAUUCCACCUAUGAAGAUAUUUAGAGUUGAGGAGUUCAAUGCAACGAUUGAAUACUACUGGGCUCCAUUCAUGGUUGAAUCAAUUUCAGAUCAUGCAACAAAUCAUACCGUACAUAAACGGAUGGUGAUGCUUGACUCAAUAGCUAAGCAUGGCAAACAUUGGCAAGGAGUGGACAUUUUGGUGUUCGAGAGUUAUGUUUGGUGGAUGCACAGCCCUUUCAUCAAUGCUACACAUGGAUCACCAGAUGAAGUCCAAGAAUAUAACGUCACGACAGCAUAUAAGUUGGCGUUAAAAACAUGGGCAAAUUGGUUAGAAUCAAACAUCCAACCACUUAAUCAAUAUGUAUUUUUCAUGAGUAUGUCUCCAACACAUUUGUGGAGCUGGGAAUGGAAGCCAGGAAGUGAUGAAAACUGCUUCAAUGAGUCAUACCCAAUACAAGGUUCGUCAUAUUGGGGCACAGGCUCGAAUCUUGAGAUUAUGAAGAUAUUACAUGAUUCACUACAAGAACUGAAAAUAGAUGUCACCCUAUUGAACAUCACCCAAUUAUCAGAGUACAGAAAAGAUGCUCACACGUCAGUUUACGGCGAGCGAAAGGGCAAGCUCCUGACUAAAGAACAGAGAUCUAACCCAAAAUCUUUUGCUGAUUGCAUUCACUGGUGUUUACCUGGGGUCCCAGAUACAUGGAAUGAAAUCCUAUAUGCAUAUCUGUUUAAGAACUAUCAAAACUUCUCUUAACGUGGCUAAUAACCAUGACAGAAAAGCACAAGCAUCAUUCAGAUUGAUGGUGGACACAUUCGCAAUUUUUCAUCAAUUCACCAUUCUAUUUUGCUUUCUUUUCCAACACCUUUUGCCUUUUGGAUUGUAUAACAGAACAAUAGAUUCAAUAUAAAUGUAGAUAGACACAAACUGUAAACAAAGGAAAUCUCAUCAAUUAUUCCUAUA